UGAGAGACGAAGAAAAUGGUCUGCUCCUCUCUCGCAGUCCUCAGAAGCUGAAAACAAACUGCUUUUCCUGCUAGUUGAUAUCUCGCUGGACUGCCACAAAGUGGCUUCAUUGCUUUGGGACUACAAGAUACACUUUCACCCUGGCCUCAUUCAAUUGUUCUGGCCUGGCUUGUUUGGUUGUCGUGGGUAACACUGUUGCCGUGGACGAUGUCUGAACGCAUUCAGCUCACUAUAGCACUGUGUAGGAUUGGCUUUUACACGUGUCUCCGAACACUGUGCUGUAAGAGUUAUCCCACUCCUAGACCAGAGUAUGAUGUGGUGUGCAUUGGACUCAGUGGUGCUGGCAAGACCAGUCUUCUUUCCCGGCUCUGCAGUGAAGACAUCAAUGACAUCGUACCAACCACAGGUUUCAGCAUCAAGGCAGUGCCUUUUCCGAAUGCAGUAUUGAAUGUGAAGGAACUUGGAGGAGCAGACAAUAUCAAGAAGUACUGGAGUCGUUACUACCAGGGCUCCCAGGGGGUGGUAUUCGUUCUCGACAGCACCGUUUCGGAUGAGGAACUGGAGGCCUGCCGGUGUGAGCUCCAUUUGGCCCUGCAGCACCCUCAGCUCUGCACGCUCCCUUUCCUCAUCCUUGCCAACCACCAGGACUCACCAGCUGCCCGCGCUGUCGCCGAGAUAAAGAAGUACUUUGAAUUGGAGCUGCUAGCAAAAGGGAAGAGAUGGAUCAUGGAGGGCAGCACAAUAAACGACAUGGAGGCGGUGAGGCAGCGUUUCAGUCUUCUCAUCAGCCUUUUGGAAGACAAGGCGCUGCAACCUGGCAGGCUCUGAUUCAGUCCAGCUUCAAAGUGGAGAGCAGCGAUGAUAAACAAAAUGGCAAAUCCUGACGCGCGUGUGGGGGAGUGUUGUUGUUGUGUUGCCUCUCCCUGAAAGCUUGUUUUAUUUCACUGAAGAGGAAAGAUGGACGUCAACUGUAAACAACAUGUAGAGGGAAUCAUCACAAAUUUUCUCUCAGGGGUCAGCUCCGAGUAGCACAGGCACCAAACUAAAAUACAUACAUACAUACAUACA